AUGGAAGUCGGAGAGUCGGAACAUUCUGGUCGAGGCUUCCGGCAGCGUAAAGGCAGAACCAGUCCGAUGUGCUGUCCAAUCUGUGGCAUUACGUUGCGUGUGCACGAAAUAGAUCACCAUUUUGCGAUCGAAGUAGACCGUCUGGAGCGCAUAUUGAAACCGAAGAAACAUCUACCGUACGGCGGUGUGGACGAUGGAACAAACACAGCCGGGCCGAGUUACAGCAAUGGAGAGGGACCUAGUCACGGGGCCAGCAGUUCGUCCGCGUCUCGAUCAAAUGGUCACAGUGGUGAAGAAAAUACCGCCAGUUCUAUCGGUCCAGAUGAGUGCUGGGGAACGUAUCAGAAGAUAAAAAACAAUCGACAGGCUAGGUUAAAGCUAAAGUCGAGAAAGCGUAAACCCGAGGAUAAUGUGUGUCCCAUUUGCAACAAAGUUACCCUGGACGAUAUCAUGCUGCACGUGGAGGCGUGCCUGAGAAAAUCUGAAACCCAACGAAAUGGAGCCACCUCGACGAACAACGUUAGUGAAGAGGAUGACGAUGAUGAUGAUGCCAGCAUCGAUGUGGAGGGUGAGUCGUUCGAUGUAUACGAGUGGGCUGGACAGAAGCGCGUACGGGCCACGAGUAUGUUGGCCGCGGGUACUCACGGUGGGCUCGGUGUACGCAUUACAAACGCCGACGAUACGGACGACGAGCUGAACGUGGACGGUGACGAAAGCCAGGUAUAUGGACCACCACAAUACUCGGAGCGGGAUGUAAUUGUAACGGGUCAAAAUGCGCCCGGUAGCAGUGCUCUGCGAGAGUUGCUGAUUGCCAACGAUCCGCAAACCGUAAAACCACCGACAGAGAACAAUCCCGGCGAGGGUACGAGCAAAUCUACCGUACCGGUUCCACCUCCCCAGCCACCGCCACCGUUACUCACUCCGAUGGACAAAGAGGUAGAAACGGCCGCGGGUACGGAAAGUCGCAUCGUCGAAUCUUUAAAGGCCAAAAUUCGCGAAUACGAAGGGUACGUGCGUAAUCGACCGAAGUGUCUCAUCUGCAUGGACGAUUUCCGCAAACCCAUCGUGUCGGUAUGCUGUUGGCACGUGUACUGUGAGGAAUGUUGGCUGCACACGCUUGGGGCAAAGAAGUUAUGCCCACAGUGCAGUAUGAUCACCUCGCCGACUGAUCUACGGAGAAUUUAUCUGUAA